UAGGGGACGUUGCUGGAGACACAGAAGAUAUAGAGGACAGAAUCUUUUAGAGUGUCCUGUAAAGUACAGGGAAUAUUCAUUUAGGGGACGCUGCUGGAGACAGCCUAAGGAAACAUGGUAUGUCAGAACUCACAAGACAUGUCUUCUUCAAAGCCCAAGCCCACAAACUUCAAAAAAAAAAAAACCCACCGUCAGAACACGAACACCGUCACCACACGGCGCACCCAAACAUGGCCGCUCCGACCACCGCCGUCGACACCACCGCCCCGCCUCCUCCUCCUCCCACGGCAGAGCCCGCGGCUGCACCCGCACCGGAUCAAAAGGUGUCUCCGCCUCCUCCUGCCCCUCAGCCUGAUACCGCUGCUCCCCCGCCCGUUCCCGCGCCAGCGCCGAGGAAGCGGGGUUGCACACCUCCGAAUGCUACAAGAUCCGUGCCGUCGUCGCCGACCUGCGUGUCCGCUUCGUCCAGGUUUGCCAAGCUACUGAUUUCCGCAACACGGAUGCAGCUCGUGAGAUUUUGAAAGGUCAAUGAGCCAUGGGGCCCAGGUGGAGAGCCAUACCAAGUCUACAAGUGCCAAGGACCAGACAAAAGAGCCAGCACAGAAAAUAUUUCAGAAACGUGAAACGAGGUCAAAAAGGCUAUCUUCCUCCUGGUUACUGGAGUCUGGAGAUCCCCUCCUGUGAUUGCUCACGUCACCGGUUUGAUGUUGCCGGCGGCCAUGGGUGUGACAUUGACUCAGUUGUGUCCUUGGUGCUGAUCCAUGCCAGUGCUGAUCAGGCUGUUGCAGUGAGCGAAAGGGCCUCUAGCUUAGUUGGUGCUAGAGUUGGUUAGGUGGUCUAGUCUAAGUAGCACUCCUCAAGUCCUGAAUUCGACUUCUAGUGGAAAUGAAUUUUAGGCUGAGGUUAAAAAAAUCUCCUCGUCUGUCCCACGCUAAAGCACAGGUCUAAGAUCCGGACCCAGUCGCGGUGACCUGCAUGGGGAAGGUCAUGUACAUGAGAAGGUCUUCUUAAUGUAAUGGCCGAGGCCUGUCUUACCCCCGCCCGUAGGUCGAGUUUUUAGGCUGUUGCUGUGAAGGCCAUUUAGGUUGAAAUGUUGUCCUUUUAAUACUUGGCAUAGCAAUGGAGGUGAGGACGUCAGGUGAAGGAGAGCCAUUCUAUUUAGUCUUACUAAAAAUUGUAGCAAUCAUGAAGCGUAAAUAGUCGGGUCAGUUGAGAGGGGUCUGCAGGCCCUUGGAACUUGGUGGUCUUGGUAUUCAUAAUUUGGAAGCGCUAGGCUGGUCUUUGAACAUGCGCAAGGACGGAGGGACCAUGGAGAGAAUUGCAGUUUAAGGUUCACUCAACUGUGGCAGCUCUCUUUGCUGCAUCGGUGGUGACCAUUGUUGGAGAUGGAGUACUUUCUUUUCGACUGAUAAGUGGUUGCAUGGGCAGUUCCUCUCCAUUCUUGCUCCAGCACUGGUUGGUGCAAUUCCUCAACGAUUGGUUAAAAUGAGAACAGUUUAGGACGCCCUGCAACAUUCACUUUGGAUUGGUGACAUCCAAGGGCAUUUGUCAGUCUAGGUCCUAAGCGACUUUCUCUGGCUUUGGGAUGUGCUGCAAGACUUCCAUCUUCAACCAGGAGUGGCAGAUCACCAUUCCUGGAGCUUGACCGCUUCGGGAUCAUAUUCAUCUAGAUCGGCUUACCAAGCCUUCUUCAUGGGGGCGAUAAGUUUUGAUCCGUCUAGCCGGAUUUGGCACAGCUGGGCCCCUGCGAGAUCAAGAGGAGGAAGAUAUAAACCACUUGCUAUUUCAGUGUGUCUUCUCAAGGACGGUCUGGAUUGAAAUGCUUAACCUGAUUCAUUACCCGCAUUUGAGUCCUGGGCCGGAGGACCACUUGCUGCAAGAUUGGUGGCGUGCGGUGGAGAGCAAGGUGCCAAAGUAUCAAAAAAGGGCAUAAACUCCUUAAUUAUUCUUGUAGCUUGGUGUAUUUGCAAAGCUAGGAAUGCCUGCAUCUUUGAUGAAGCCUCUCCUAGGGUUCCUGAUGUUGUUCAAAACAUAAGGAUGAGGCUGAAAUCUGGUGCAGGGCUGGUGCUAAGGGACUUGCUGCAAUCUGGUCAGGUUAGUGUGGGGUGUGGGGUCCCUUUUUCUUUCUGUAAUGGGUGUUUGCUAGUGUGUGUGUUCUUGCCCUCCUGGGCUUUUGUACUUCGGUCCAUUUUGGAACUUCUCUCCUUAAUAUAAUGAUGCACAACUCUCCCGUCCGUUCG